AGCAGCAGCAGCGGCAGCCUGUUGGUUGCCGCGCUUUGAUGCUCGUUCUUGGAUGGCUUCAGCAUGCUCUCUACCCUUUUCGCGGAGCUGAUCUUCAUCAACAACUACAGAGGACAACUUAUUGCCAGCUGCCUUGGUGGUACACUUCUUCAACAGCCAGGAGGUUAGCAGUAUCCCGCGGUAUGCUUCUUCCGGUGCUGCCUUACUACCCCCUUUUCCCCGCGGACGUGGAUUAUGCGGUCUACAAGCAUGAGACUGCAACGAGCCACGGCCAGGCCCGAGUCAACACGGCCGUGGAUGUUGGAGUUUAGGGCUGAGGACCUCGAGAGUGGUGUCCUCUGUAUGUAAUUCGACCAAGCGGAGUCGAUUGCCGUGGAGAACAAGGCAUGAGUCGUCGAUGUUCAUGGUGAAACAGGAUGCGCC